ACACACAUCCUCCUCCUCCUCCCGAUCUCCUCUCUCUCUCUCUCUCUCUCACACACACACACACACACACACACACUGAAGCGGACUCCUGUCUCUGCCGGUGUUCCCUCCGCCGCCUGCGCACCAUCUCCACCCGCCGCCCGCUCCGGUAGGCCUGACGAAGCUGCAUCAUGGAGGAGUUAGACGUCCCGCAGAUGAGGCGAGAAGUGGAGAGCCUCCAGUAUCAGCUGGCCAUCAACAGAGAGAAGUCCUCCAUCACUGUCACAGAGCUGGUGAAGUGGAUCGAAGGUUGUGUUUGUGAAGAUCCCUUCCUGAACCCCGAGCUGAUGCGGGCCAACCCCUGGGUGGAGAAGGGCAAGUGUGUGAUCCUCUAACGGUCACACACACACACACACACACACACACACACACACACACACACACACACACACA